AUGUGCUUUUUCUUUAGCUGGAAAGAUGUGAAAGACAUUGGCAACCAAGCCUUGGGCCAUGGUGACUAUGAACUAGCCACGGAACACUAUAACCAUGCCAUUUUUCUGGCAGAGAGUUGCGGUGCAGGUUUGAGAGAAAUUUCAGCAUUGUAUAGCAACAGGUCCUUUUCCCUUUCAAAGCUGGGACACAUCCAACAAGCUCUUCAGGAUGCUUUCCACUGUAUUGACUUAAAUCGGAAGUGGUGUAAGGGAUACUGGCGAGCGGGACAGGCUUUGAAACUUUUGAAAAAGUCCCAGGAAGCUCUUCAGGCAUUCAGUGAUGGCUGUGCACUGGUGAAUGAAGAUGAUGGCAAAAACUUUCAUACUAAAGUUGACUUCAUUGUGGAAAUAGUAUCCUUGUCUCAUGAAAUUGGAAGCUGGAUAUACCUUGCAACACAUGUUAGAGCUCGUGAUAAUGUGUGGUCGCAGGUGCUGUUACGUAUGGCAAAAGAGAAAAAAUGGGAAACACUCUUAAUCCUGCUAAUGGGAACUGGAGUCUUCAGAAAGGAAUCUGUCAUGUUUAAUUACCAAGGAAAGUUCCCCAAAAUAAGCACUCAAAAGAUCUGUCUUACCAACUUAAUCAAGUACUGUGCAUCUCAAGCAGACCCUCGUUUUGUGCAUCUUGCAAUCAAUCUUCUGCAACAUGGAUCCAAGGAAACAGAUAUAACAUUAGAGACAGGGGACACUCCAUUUCAUGCAGCUCUUAGAAUUGCAGUGAGAACCUCAAAUACAGACCUUUUGUGGCAUUUGGUAAAUUCCAACCCAGGCAGGGUUAAGGCAGUACAAGAUGCCCGUGGGGAUACUCUCUUGCACAAAAUGGCCAAAGCACUGGCAAGGGAACAAUCAAUUUUCUUUGGGGAAGUCACAUUUGAACUCAUGGAAAAAAUAGAUUCCAGCAUUAGAAAUAAAGAGGGAAAGCUUGCCAUAGACUACAUACCAAAGGGGAGUGCAUUGUAUGGUGAGCUAGACAAGAGAAUGAGACAGAGCACAUCAAAAGAAAGAAAAGGGGAACAAUGGGGUAGACCUGCAACUGAUACUAACAGAAAAACUGACCUAAAACCUUCACCACAACCCCCUCAACCCCACUUUGGUCAAACUGAUUUUAAGGGUGCUAGGCCCAAGGACACACAGGCAGUACACAAGGUUGAUGGAGGUGGAGAUGGAAAAAAGAGUCAACAGUAUGGUAAACCUGCAUCUGGUGGCAAGAAAAAAGUGAAGCAAAAGCCAGGUGUACAACAAUCAUUUGGUCCUGAAUCCCCCGGGGGACAACCUGACUCAUAUUCCAAGGGUGCCAGGCCUAAGGAUAUACAUGUUGUACACAAAAUUGAUGAAGGUGGGGAUGGAAAUACUGAGCAGCCAGUAGACCUGUUCCAAAGGGGAAAAGAGUGCCUUGCCCAGUUGGAGUUUGAGAAAGCACUUGGAUCACUCUGCAAGUUCUUGGAGGAAAACAGCAGUGCCUCAAAACUGAAUGCUAAGGCAUCAGAGGCACUAGAUAUUGUUGUAGACAAAAUUGUUCCUACUUUUAAAGAGAUCCCCUCUAGAAUCUCCUGCAAGUUACCUGAGAAGAUAUGGACACAGGUCAUUAAAAAGCUGGCCAGGAGUGGAAGAUGGCAAACAGUUCAGAAGUUGCUGCUUGGAGGGGGCAAUGGUCAUGAGAAAGGUCAAGGUGGUCUUGCAGACAACUGCAGCACUGCAGGAAUCUCCAUUGUGCAUUUCCUCAGCAGCCAUGAUGAAAGAGAUGUUAGUGUGCACAAAUAUGAUCUGGUAACUGCUCUCCUCAAGCAUGGGUGUUCACCAGAUGGUGUUGGUAGUGAUAAAAUAAAACCAUUAAGCCAUAGCCUUCAGAGUGAGGACAUGAAAAUGGUGAUGCUGCUGCUCAGGGAAGGAGCAAACCCCGCCUCCCUCUCUCUCUCCAGCAAUGACACACCCCUGCAUGUAGCUCUCUCCAUUGGAAUGAAAGCUAAAGGUGAUUUCUCCUUGCUGGAACAGUUGUUUAAACUUUACUCAACAUGUCCAGAGAAGUAUCCAAUGCUAGAGCCUUCCUCUGUAGAUGGCACUGGAAACACCUUGUUCCAUGUGAUAGCAAAGGGCACCUGCUCUCCCCAUGCUGUGAAUGCUGCCAGGAUUCUGCUUCAAAACAAGGUCAACCCACUGGUGAGAAACAGGGAUGGUUUAACAGCAAUGCAGAUGUUGAAGAAGGGAAAUGACCGAAGGAUGCAGUAUAUGAAACAGGCAAAACAAUUCUAUCCAGAUUUUUCUCCUCCCACACCAAGAAAAAAGAAAGGCAAGCAGAAGGAAAAUGAGAAAUCAGCUGUUCUCCCUGCUGAUGAUGAAGUUACUGCUAAUGAAGCACUGGAUACAGCUCAGAAAGAUAUAACAUGCGGACAGGAUACAGCUCAGACAGACAUAACACCUCAUUUACUUGCCACAAAUGGAACCCAAAAGAUGUAA